AUGAGGCGAGAGGAGAAAUUUUUAUUAUGUUUCCGUCCAUUAAGUAAACAAUCACAAAUCACACUACUAGUGCACGAUCGACUGAGUCUGGGCGAGCACAGGCAGCUUGGAGAGUCGAGCUGCGCAGCUUGUGCUGAAACAGCUGCCUUCAGCCUCGGUCCUGUGCCCCUGCUCAACGUGUCUCCUGCGCAGCCCCUUGUCACCAGUUGUCUCCUUUGCAGCCUUGUCACAGUGGUCUCCCAGCUGCCAGCACAUUGUCACAGUGUCUGCUGCUGCCAGCCCUGUCACAGUGUCUUCCCGCAUUUCCGCAGGUCACAUGUGUCUCUUUGCCUGCCAGACCGCCUGCUCACAGUGUCUUCUGGCUACAGCAACAUGGCUCACAGUUGUCUCCUGCUGCCAGCCCCCGCGCCAUGUCAGUGUCUCCUGCUGCAGCCCCUGUUCACAUUGUCUCCUGCCCUGCCCAGCCCCUGUCACAGUGUCUCCUGGCUGCAGCCUCCUGUCACCAGUGUCUGCCUGCUGCAUGCCCCUGUCACGGUGUCUCCUGCUGCCAGCCCUGUCAUGGUGUCUCCUGCUGCCAGCCCCGUGUCACAGUGUCUCCUGCCUGCCAGCCCCUCGUCACAGUGUUCUCCUGCUAGCAGCCGCCUUGUCACAGUGUCUCCUGCUGCCAAGCCCCUGUCAACAGUGUCUUCUGCCUGCUGCCAUCCCUGUCACGAUGUCUCCUGCAGCCCUUGUCACGAGUGUCGGUGCUGCAGUCCCUGUCACAGGUGUCUCAUUGCAGCCCCUGUCACAGUCGUUCUCCUGCUGCAGCACCCUGUCACAGUGUCUCCUGCCCUGCCAGCCCCUGCACGGUCUCCUGCUGCAGCCCCCUGUCACGGGUUGUCUCUAGCCCUGUCACAGGCUGUCUCCUGCAGCCCUGUCACGCGUGUUCUCCUGCAAGCCCCUGUCACAGAUGUCUCCUGCUGCAGCCCCCUGCUCACGGUGUCUCCUGCCUGCAGCCCCAUUGUCACCGGUUGUCUCCUGGGCUGCAGCCACUGUCCGGUGUUCCUGCUGCAGCCCUUUCCGGUAGUCUCCUGCCUGCAGCCCCUGUCACGGUGUUCUCCUGCUGCAGCCCCUGUCACGGUGUCUCCUGCCUAG